AUGUCUACGGAACUAGCAACCGAGUUGGGAUUUGACCCCUCUAUAAAAAAAAAGAAGUCCAGCAAGAAAGUGGCCCCAGAAACCCUAGAUGGCGCAACUUCAGAGGUUCAAACCGGAAAUGAUGAUGAUCUAUUUGCCGGGUUGAAAAAGAAGAAGAAGAAGAGUAAAGCUGUAUCCGAAGAACCUUCAGAUUCUGUGGAUGACAUAUCGGAAGCAUUGGGUGAAUUAAAACUAAAGAAGAAAAAGAAGAAGGCCAAGGAUACGGAUCUAGAUGAUUUUGAGCAACAGCUGGCAAAAGCUGGUGUGAAUGUUGAUGAAGCCAACAAUAAGGAAGCUACACCAACGGUGGACUCUGCUCUGCAACAGGAAGUCGGCUUGGCAUACCCAGAACUUUUGUCGAGAUUUUUCGAUAUCCUAAAGGCUAACAAUCCCGAGCUAGCAGGCGACAGAUCCGGUCCAAAAUUCAGAAUCCCACCUCCUGUGUGUUUACGUGAUGGUAAAAAGACGAUUUUUUCAAAUAUUCAAGAUAUCUCUGAGAAAUUACAAAGAUCGACAGACCAUUUGAUCCAGUAUCUAUUCGCUGAAUUGGGUACUUCUGGUUCUGUUGACGGGCAAAAGAGAUUAGUCAUUAAGGGUAAGUUCCAAGCUAAGCAGAUGGAAAAUGUGUUGAGAAGAUACAUUCUCGAAUACGUUACAUGUAAGACUUGUAAGAGUAUCAACACCGAAUUGAAGAAAGAACAAUCGAACAGGCUGUUCUUCUUGGUUUGUAAGAGUUGUGGUUCUACGAGAUCCGUUUCCUCCAUCAAGACUGGUUUCCAAGCCACUGUCGGAAAGAGAAGAAGGAUGUAG